AUGUUAAUUAACAUUAAACUUCUUAAUGGAAGAAUUCUUUCUAUUGACCUUGAACCAACAGAUAAAAUCUCUGACCUUAAAGCUAAAUUAGAAGAAAUUGAAGGUAUUACUCCAGAACAACAACGACUUGUUUUUGGUGGAAGACAACUUGGAGAUGAUAAAACACUUCAAGAACUUAACAUUCAACCAGGAACUCAAAUUAAUCUUCUUCUUGCUUUAAGAGGAGGUUUUUAA